AUGGAAAUUAUACCAGUCGAAACUAAAAAACGAAUUCAUGAGUUUUCUUAUGCACAAAAAGUGUCUAAUCAAAUGUCUCCUGAUAAAUCACAUAUAAAACUUAAUGAAUCCUUAUUUAAAGCAUAAAUACUGGAAAAAUAAUCUUGCACAUUAAUCAGAAAUAUUUAAAAAGACCUUAUGAUGAAAAUCAAAAAAUACGAUUCCAUAUUAAAGAAAAGCAAUACAUAAAAAAAUAUAUCAAGCUCCUAACCAACUUCACCUCCAAUUUGGAAAAAAUAAGAAGAAUUUUAAGAAGAAUAUUAAGAAGACACUUAACUGUAAAAUCAAAUUAAACCUAGAGGAGAAAAACUAUUAACUGAAAUCGUUCAUUAAACUAUUCCAAAUGAUAUUCGAAGAGAAUCUCUACCUAUUAAAAAAUUUGAUGUUAAAUUAUCUAAUUUUUCAGAAGAUAAGGCUUUAUUUUCUUCUUAAGAUAUUUCUCCUAUCAAAUAAGAAUAAAAUAAUAAUAAACUAUACUUAAGAAGAAAUACUACUUAAAAUACAGCAACACCUAAAUAAAAAAAAUCAUCUGUCAUAGAUUUUUUAGGUAGUUAUGCUAAACUUCAUGUAAGUAAAUCAACUUCCACAAAGAAGCCUAAUUUAAUCGAAUCUAAAAACUAAGUUUAAACUACAAAAGAAACAAAAGAGAUAAAAUAAAAUGAUAUUAAGAAACUUUAAUCAACUAAUAAAAAAUAAAGUGAAACUACAGAUUAUACAUUUAGGCAAAAAAAAAUUGAAGACCCUGUUAAUAAAUAAAAUAGAAUAAAGAAAAAUUAAAAGUAGAAAUAGAGUGUUGAUCUUUGUGUCAAUACAGAUUUGAAGGAAAUUAUUCACAUCAUUAAUGACUUAGAUUUAUUUAAUAAUAGAUUAAAAAAGAAGUUAUGA